CUCUUUUUCAGUUGGCACAAGCGGCAACCAUCAGGUUAACAAGUUCGAAAAAGCUACUACAUCUGCUCCAACCGCUUGCUCCGCGCCCUAAUUAUAUAUUAAUAUCCAAAUUUCCAAAUCUAACCAUAGAAGACAUGGUCCGACGCUCAUUAGUACAAACCACAUAUUCAGCAGAGCUAUGGCUAUUACUUGCUUCCUCUACGUUUCUGAAUCCGGUCACCGCGACUGUCAAUCCUAUUCUGGCUGAAUCAUCUCACCAUUCGUCCAGUCUUACUCGGCGCAACCUCUUUCCAUCGUCUGCCGCCAGCAACCCUGCACCGACCACCGUCCAACCUCAGGCUGCUGGUACUCCCCCAAGCAAUUCCGCAUGCAUUCAGCCACCAAUUACCAAUACCACAUGGAUCCAACUGGGCAUAGACAACUAUCUAGCUAAUUUGCCCAACGGCGCCUCUUUAAAUCUCCAGCAUUAUGCAGCUUCGGUUGGAGCUCCCGAUUUCAUCUGUGGCAUAGGAGAGAAGUGUCAGGCUGGCCAGCUGUGCAGCCCAGUCCAAGCACCCGGGUGGGAAGUUCUAGUUGCAGCGCAAGAGUGGAACAAUUAUCAGAACAGAUUUUAUGAAGCAGUAGGUACCGCAGUUCAAAUGGUCACAUCCAUUUCCAGCGCACUUGUGUCCGACUUGUACCCCCCUAAUCACACCGGUGGAAUAUGGGAUUUGUUCAACACCUUCAAUUUGGCUUCUGGAAUUACGGCCGGUAUAGUUGGCAUGUUCGCAGCAUUCAUCGGCCUCGAGGUUGUCGCUGCGACACCUCUUUCGCUCCUUGUCUUACCUGCCGUAGCAGUUGUCUUCGGUACCGCUGGCGUUAUCUCAAUGAAAGAAGCAGUGAAGCGUCGCGGACCCACUGCAUUUGACAAAUUUUCCGUCUACGCCUUUUACCUUUCCGAAUGGCAGAAACACGCCCAGAAAGGCAUCGCUAACGCCACCCGGAGUGUUAUUGCUUCGGGCGUCAGUUCCCCUCAGGGUAUAUCAACGGUCUUGAAGAACGGUACCUUCUUUCACGAGCGCCCCAGCUUGAAUGAAGCAGAGUUGGUCGCGAACCUUAAAAACACCACCACCGUUCGUAUCUUGACGGAUAUUCUUAGAAGCCAAAGAGCAUUCGUCACGAUCGCAAGUGAUAAAUGCACUGGCAAGGGCCCAGGUGGAGCCUGGAAAGUACACAACAAUUUGUCUUACUGCUCUCCCAACGGAACGAUGUUCAACAUCAUCCACGCGAACAAAAAGAAAGUUCAUAACAAAUGGUGGAAUGCUGAUCUGAUUGCCCAGAAAUACGGAAUAUCGGUACAAUACCUGACCGAACAAUCAUACUUCUGUCAACUGAACCAUGGCACGGCAAACUUUGACCCCUACAAAUCUAGCGCGUUCCCCAAAGACUUGUCAGCCGAAUGCAUUUCGAACCUUCCGGUCUGUGAUUUCAGAAAUCCUGACCUCGCCGAAGCCAAGAAAGAGAAGAACACGAUUUACGCUUGUCGUAAUAUCGGGAAGCUUCCGAUCUGAGACCUCGAUAUCGUGACCCGACCAGGCGCCCCGAG